AUGGCAGCUGAAUUCCGCGGACCCGGAGUUCGACACCAAUUCGAUCAUGACAGUCCGGAUGAGUAUGAACUUGAUCUAGAUCACCGAUCUAGAAGUUUCGGUGACCGGACUGGUCGGAUUAUUUUGCUCGGAGAUGGCACCGAAGUUUUGACCGAUUCGGACGACACGGAAAUGUUCGAUCAAAGUGAGGAAGACAAGGAUACGGCAAACCAGGUUAAGAAGGGGACUCCUCAUACCUCGGAUGUGGACUCAGCGCGAAGUGAACGAGAAGGGACACCGGCACCUCAGUCAGCGAGCGACGACCUCAAAGCAUCCAGUCAUCUUGACGCCUCCCAUGGAUCAGACACAGAAACCAAAGGAAUAGCUGAUAACCCGAGUGAGAAGAGAGCUGUCUGA